AUUUACAUUAAACUACAAUACAUAAUUUCUGUUUUUAAUAGGGUCUAAUAGGCAUUAGUAAGGAAACGCAGAGGAGUCACUGUUCUCUUCAGGUGAUGGAAAAUGUGAUCAGACUUUCAGCAAGAACGAUCCAACAGCUAAAAAGACGAAGGGUUGCAUUGUAUAAAACCCUCAAAUGUACAUGUGAGGAUUCUGUGGUACAAAAUGAUAGUCAGACAUCUUUCCCUGUAUUUUUUUUACAAGUAAGCAAGUGCAAGUUUGGUGUACAAUAAGAGAAUGGCACAGGCCAGAAUGCUUCACUACUAUAGUGAUGAAGCAUUUAAAUUUCCAUUUAAUUCAAUUUCAAUUUUAUUUGUAUAGCACUUUUAACAACAGACAUUGUCUCAAAGCAGAUUUACAGAAAUAUAAAAAUGAAAGAAAUAUAAGAAUAAAAGUGCAAGCCAACGCCAUCAAAUGUUCAGUUAUAAAGCAGUUUGAAGCCAGCACCAUAUUGUCCAAGUGGUUCAUCAGUUUACUGAGUUGGUGGGGAAAGUGCCCAGUUACUCAGUCACCGUGAAUCACAUGUUUGUAGGAAUAUACGAAUAUUCGGCCUCAACACCUGCCUUUAAAAAAUUCUAAAAAAUUUCAUUUCAUAAAUUGGUUAUUUUGUUCACUGAGACUUAUAGUAACUGUGCUGUUAUUCAUGUUAUUCAUCUGACUGUUUACAUGCAAUACUUUUGCCAGUCACAAUAACUGCCAGUUGCAUGUUACAGGAAUUGGACUGUAGAAUAAAAAGUCAUGGCCUUGAUGCGAAAUGGUCUCGUGUGGAACAUGUAUUUCACUGUGAUUGAGCAACUUUCUAACCGUGUUAACCACUGAAACGUUUUCAGGCACUACUUGCUCAUUACAUUUGUCUAUUUCUUGGUUGAGCCAUCCCAGAUGCUGGGUCCUAACGAUAAGGGCAAGUAGGAGUUUUCUUCCCUUAACAUUUACAUUAGAUUCUCUAAGAAUUUUUAUAGCAUUAUUUGUUGUUUCAUUCAUUCAGAAAACACAAAUUUGUAUAAAACAUUAAGUUCUUUCCUUUUGUAUACUAUAAAGAUCUUUGUUGUAUACAUAUUGUAAAUGAAAAACAACACUUUCAAGGUUUUAAAUCUAGAUCUAACUGCAUUCUUAAUCUUUUUGGUCGUAAUGCUUAUGUCACAAAAUGACUUUUCUUUAAGGUUGCUUUCAAUGCACAGAAUGAAGAGCAGAUACAUUUUCGGCAUACUUUUUGCCAUCUUCUCUCUCUAUCAUUAUGGGGUCCCUGUAAAAUGGCAUGGAGAGGAACAUACAGGAAGUUACAGUUAUACAGAACUUGCUGUGUGUGGAAAUGACCUGAAAAAUUGCAAGAACUACAGAAAUGUGUGUGUCACAGAUAUCAAAUAUUGUGCUUCUCUACCGUCACAUGGCCAGGAUAGGUUUUUGAACAUCUCGUGCCGUUAUCAAGCUGUAGAGAGAUCCAUUGCCUGCAAAUGGAUUUAUUUAAAUAAUGUCAAAUCCCAAACAAAAACUUCAUUCAUUUUCACUCGACAUACGGACGUCAUCCAUUGUCCUAGCAUUUUAAAUCCAGUCAGUGCCUUUAAUAUAAAUAUCAUAUCAAAGGAUAACCUCAACAAUGUAGAGUUCAUCUCAGAAGCCUACAUAGUAUUCAUCCCUUCAAUAACCCAAGCUCCACGUCCUGUCAUUACGUCAGUAAAUGCAACAGCAACAUCACUAAAUGUAACAUGGAACAAAGGUCAAAGCACGAAAUGUCAAAUCCGUUACAGAUGCUCCACUACAGAACAAUGGACGGUGGAUUCAUUGACUGUCACUGAGAAAGAAAAAGUUUCAGAGGUAAUUGAUGGCCUGCAGCCUUUUAGCCAGUACACUCUUACUGUUGCCUGUAGUGGGGAUUAUGGACUAUGGAGUGACUGGAGUGAAGAACUUCAUGGAAUGACAUUAGAGGCUAUUCCCACUGAACCGCCUUAUGUCAGUUUUUAUGUUGAGCCUUCUGCCAAUACAUCCACACCUCAAAAGCUGAUACUUAUCUGGAAGGCUUUGGAGAAAAAGGAGGCCAGAGGAAUCAUUCUUGGAUAUAACGGGACCAUCAUACCUACCAAACAACCAGGUUUGAAGAGAAUAAUUAAUACCAAGGAUCAGAAAGUUAUCUUAGAAGUGGCUGCAGAGGACUAUGACCUGACACUAAUGGCCUAUAACGCUGCUGGACAGUCUCCCUCAACUAAUCUUCAAAUAAAUGCUGGUGUUUUUCAAAGUUUGCCCAAGGUAAAAGGACUCUGGGCCAGCAGUGAAGAAUCAUCACUGAGGAUUCGAUGGGAGACAGAAGCUGUGAAUGUUAGCGAGUUUGCCAUUGAGUGGUUCUCUUCUGAUCUUGCCUCCAAACAAUGGAAAAGACUAAAUGGCUCAACAUUUUCAGCUGUUCUGAAAGGUCAAAUCAAGCCCCUAAUGAUCUACAGCAUCUCUGUGUAUUCUCUGUAUGGCACUCUGUGUGCACCACCAGAAACGAUCCAAGCCAGUCUAGAGUAUGGCACCCAUUUAGACAUUGUUCAGCUGCAACCUGUAAACGUGACAAAAACAUCUGCGACAGUUCAGUGGCUGUGGCAAGAACAAUCCCCAACCAUAAAUGUUCUUCAUUACAGACUUGUGUUAAGACGUGCCCAUGAAAUAAGUUCAUUAGUGAUUUUCCCACAUCAGUGGCAGCAUUCAUUCCACAACCUACAGACAAAUGCCAAGUACAUUGUAGCCAUUUAUGGAGAGAUUACAUCUGGUACCUUUUUAAAGGCAAAUAUAGAAUUUACUACACCUCAUCUUGAAACUGAUGAAAUAAUAAAAACUGCUAUUCCAAUAGUACUUCUUAUUUUUACAUUCAGUAUUUUCUCAGUUCUCACCAGAACUGUCUAUAAGGACUACUUUUUUCCCAACAUCGCUAACCCUGGGCAGAGCCAUAUUGGUCACUGGCUGCUAAAUCAUCCAUAUGAGACGGAGGCUGUGAUGAAUGUGUUAAAAUUAGACGAUUUCUCAGUAACCAAUCAACUCACUGAAGAGAGUCUCAUUCACAUUGAGCCCCAACCGUCCUUAGAUAGAGAGGAUUUUGAUGAAGACAUGACCAUGUCAAAGAUGUCCCCUUCUGAUAAUGACCCACUAGAAAAUUCAGACAUGUUUGAGAAUUCUCCGAGUUUACCUGGUUUUAGUGAGUACGUUGUCAUGCCUUUGCUUCAUGCUAAUUUUGGUUAUGUCAAAAACUGUGAGAUACAAAAUUGGGCAAAAGAGUAA